GAACGGACCCUUUGGGCUGGAACUUGGCCGGAGAUAGCAGGCGGGGUGGUCUCGACUGUCAGACCCCCAGCUUCGGAUUGGGGUCCCUCUCUUCCAAGCUCCGACCUCUGUAUGCAUGUGUCCCUCCUCUGUGAGUGCAUGUGCUGGCGUCUACCACGUGAGGUGCCCUGGUCCUUUUCCACAACCUGUCGCGUGUGAUUGUCACCUUGAACUGGGUGUCUCUCAGUUCAGGACCAGGGAGUGGUUUGGAGAAAUUGAGGGAGCCUUUGGCUGUGUCCCCUGCGCUGGGUGUGUUGGGCGGGGACGAAGAUGGAUUCAUGUGCUGGCCGGUGAAGUUCAGUGGCCGUGGCGGGGAAGUCCGCGAGCUGUCUGGGCUGUUGUCGGUCUGUCUGUCUGGUGACAGAGCUGUCGGCUUGUUUUGUUCCGGGGCCAGGAGGAGCUGGUGCGGACUGCUCGCGGAGGCUAAGGGAGGGGGAGUUGUGGGGCUUGUUGAUUUCUAGGCUGCUGCGGCUGGAGAAAAAAAGACCAAAUGGCAAAGCAACCGUCAGAGCUAAAUUCUGAGUGUGACAGCGAAGGUGGACAAUUGCAGCCUACAGAAAGGCCUAUUCAACAACUCAGACCAGGGGCCCCUACCUCUAUACAAACACAGUAUCAAGGUAAUUCAGGUGAAGGGGACAGCUGCUCACCCAGCAGCCCUCAGGGACCGUUUGCACCACCCACUAGUCCUAGUCCAUUUGCUACCAGAUCCCCACUUUUCAUCUUUGUAAGAAGAUCCCCACUGCUGCCUCGAUCUUCCAGUGGGUAUUUCUCUUUUGACACAGACAGGAGUCCAGCGCCUAUGAGUUGUGACAAAUCUACACAAACUCCAAGCCCUCCUUGUCAAGCCUUCAAUCAUUAUCUAAGUGCAAUGGGUAAGCAAGAUCAUGCUUCCAUGAGGCAGUCUCAAUCAAUACCUGCAGAUAUGCGGCCAGAAAUUUGGAUUGCACAAGAAUUGCGACGUAUUGGAGAUGAGUUUAAUGCUUAUUAUCCAAGAAGGGGGUUUUUGGAUAAUAACUAUCAAGCGGCAGGUGACCAUCAUCAAAUGGUUAUUUUACGCCUGUUACGUUACAUCAUCCGCCUUGUUUGGAGAAUGCAGUGACAAUUCUUUGAGAAGCAAGGAGUGCACAGAAAUUUUUACUUGCUACAAGUCAUCAAGUAAAAGUACCACUUGCAUCUUCGUAUCAUUACUAUGCAAUCAACAGGUUCUUUCCUUAAAGGACAAACAGAGGGGCAGUAGGACUCCACAUUUUUGAAGACACCUGUAACAUGAACUUGAAAGUGGAUUUUGUUCAUCCCAAGACAAAAUUUUAUAAAAGGGAGUUUAUUGUGAAUGUAGAUUAUGGAUUUUUUAAAAUGUAUCAAUCACCAUUCUUUGAACCAGGAUUUUAUGCAAGAGUGGUGUUUACAUUGGUCUGUUUUUCAACUUCUUUAAUAAAAAGGAACAAGUUUUCAAAAAGGAAAUGGAAACUUUUUGACAUACUCAUGAAUGAUUUUUGUACUAAAUUUUAAGAACCUAUUGCUUAGUCUGAAAAGAGGAUGAUGUAUAUAUCCUGCAGUGGAAACUGAGCCAGCUAAUUUGUGAGCUGCCUUAGUUUAUUUGGGGUGGGGGGUAAUUGUACAGUUUUUUUCUGCUUUUCUUUUUAGCAGGGAGAAGUGUCUCCCCUGUUUUAUACCAAAAUCAGCAUAAUAAAAUGGAGCUGAUUAAAGGGGGGUGGGUUGUUAACCUACACCAACCAACAUGCUUCUCCCUUUGUAAAUACUUAACCCCCUCUUUAAAUUGACUUGCAUUUACUUGAACUGACUGUCCAAGGGCUCAAACUUCAGGCUACCUUUGAGCACUCUCUAUCUUCUUUUAGGGAGCUUCCAGUUUUUGUAGCCAGUUUAGAGUCUUACAGAUAUAAAUAGGUUCCAAGUAAAUAAACAUGGUUUAAAAAUUAAAUUUAAAAUAGAAUUAAAAUAAUUUUACCCAUAGUGGUCUUGACAAUAGUUCUGGAUAGUGCUUCUUUUUUUUUUUUUAAUGAUCACCAGCCUGGGCAGUAUUUGUUUUAACUUAUUUUAAUGGAUGUUUGCUUCAGAAAGUCUGAGGAGGCUGUAGCAAUAAAAGAAACAGAAUAAGUGCAUCUCUUGGACUUUUGGCUACUCUUUAUAGAUUGUUGAUGCAGGGAUGAAAUGCUGUAGUUGUAGAAUAUCAGGUGAGCUUAAAGAGCCAAGUCUUCAGCCACCCCUCCCAGAGACUUGAUUGAUUGCAUGACCAAAGCUUGAGUCCUGAUUGCCCGAUGAAGUUAACUAAAUGGGAAAUGCCUUGCCAGCUGAGGUGAGAUUGGAAGAAGCUCCUUCAGUUGACAGUUUUAAAGACCCCCUCAGUGAGAUUUUCUUUAGAAUCCUACUAACCUAUGAUGCCUGUUUUUCCCAAAAUUAAAUUCCUAUGGAAGUACAGGUUUAAUUCUGGUUUCACCAGUACCGUAGAAAAAUUCAAUUGGGCAAAAUUAUGAAAUGUUCCAAUAUAUUUAAUGUCUCAAGCCAUCUUUAAGCCUCUGAGUGCCAUUUUCCUUCUUACCUUUUAGUUUGACAGGUAGAUUUUUCAAUGUAUUCUGUGCACUGGUCAUCAGUGCCUCGUCCACGGCAGGUGCAGUUCAUCCUUUAGAGGUGACCCUAUUCCUGAUUACUGCCUUACAUCUCGUAAUUGCCACAGAGUCAGGACUGGGAAAACACAGGGUGAAUCUAAAGAGGUUUCUGUUUAUUUUUAACUGAUUUCAAAGAAAAAAUGUCCAUGGAGUUUGCAUUGUGUAUCGACAAAUGGGAGAGGGAAGUCAGAUGGUUUGGGGGAUUGUUUCAUGAACCCUGCUACUUUUUCAUAGUGAAAAGUCAGCCUUCUAAGUGACUUUUUGUUUUCUAAGUUCUUUUUGGAUUAUCAAAUAGGAUUCAGCAGUGCCAACAGCUAUUGUAUUCACUUUUGCCCCUUAGAGGAUCCAGUGUUCCUGUAAUUCUGCUUAACAAUUGAAGAAAAAUGUAUUGAAUAUGCCAUUUAUCUUAAUUACAAACACUUUUUUUUUUGGUAUAUCCAUCUUUCCCAUAUAUUUGGGGAAAUUUUUUCUUUAACACUGAAGGAUUUUUCUUUCCCUCUUAGUGAUUUGGAAUUAGGUUCAUAGGAAUUGUGUUGGAUCUCAGCUAUGGUUUCUUGAAUUAGUCUUGAAACCUUAUUUAGUAAGGUCACAUUGUCCAUUGGUUGUGAGAAUGAGCAGAGAUUAACAGAAAGUAUUAGAAUUUGUGUACCUUGCUGGACACACCAAAGAUGUUUGGUUCCACCCGAAUCCCCAUCUUAUGUAAUUUCUACAACUGGAGCACUUUACUUCUGUUUCUUUUAACUAUACAUCUCCCCUGGGAGUUGGAAACAGUGCAACUCAGAAAAGGACAUUUUUGUAAGGCUCUGCUGGCCCAGUGCCCCAGUGGGGAUUCGUGUCCUUUCUUGUACAUUUACCUCAAGCAUGGUAGUGCAACAGGUUUGCCACUAUUGCUUCAGGCUGGUGAUAUAAAUAAGCCUAAUGAUGAGCUAAAGAAAUUCUAUGAAUUAUAGAAUCAGUAGAGAAUAGGAUGUUGGCACCAUGAGUUUGAGAGAGAAAUACAUUUCUCUGUACUGUAUCUCUUAGAGAUCACGAUGCCUCCUGCAGGAGUAUACCUUGGGUAUACAUUUUUUUUUUAAGACAGAGCUAAUUCCCUUUUUGAAAACUUAAUGCGGGUUUUGUGCCUUGACAACCUCUACCCACGUUGGGUUUGUUGUAGUAAGUCUCCCAUGGCAUAACAUUGAAAUGCAAUAAGCAAAUACAAAAUACUUAAUUUCAUGAGGAAUUCUUCAGAUAACAAACAUAGCCUUUCUUUCCUGCCAAAACUUUAUGAAGAAUUUUCUUUGGUUGUGGAGAAACCAGUUUAAAUUUCUUCUGAUAGAAACAUUUGUGUAAAAUUUUUUCCUCAUUCCUUCCCUUUAGCACCUCUUCUAUUUUAUUGUAAAUAGUUAAAUAUUUAUUAGAUUAGAACAUCUUCACUUACUUUUAUCAACUGAGCCAAAUGUCUGUGUGCAAUUGUGUGUGGUUCUUUUGUCUUUUCUGUAAGAUUUUGUAAAUAAGUAAAAAUCACUGUUUUCUAAACCUUUUUUUUUAGAAUUGACAUUUGUAAAUAUGUAGAUUCUUUUCUGUGUAAUGUGUUCUACUGUUUCAUAAUGCUGUAACUUGUAGAAAUAUUGUAUAUUUAUUUUCUGCUUAUUUAAUUUCUCAAGUUCUGUAAAGUUAUGCAUUCCCUUUCCCUCCCCAAGAUUAUCUGCUUUAACACAGGAGUGAUUGAUCAGUUUAACGCACUGUCUUUCUCAGUGCUGUCCAUAUGGUUUUUCUACUGUGGUCCUCCAGAUUUCAUUCUUGUUCAUUUUACUUUUAUUAAACUUUUAGGCUUUGCCAAUUGUGGUUUUAAUGCUAAGGGAGCUGAUAAUAGCCAAAGGCUGGAAUCUACUCAAAGCAUUAACCAAGUUAUUCCAGUUGUAAACCAUAGCAGAUUAUGUUUGCCCAUAGCCCUAUCUUUAGGUAUAAAAUAUAUUUAGAAUUUGGAAAAAUGCCAUUGACUAGUCAGGGUUGAGAAAAACAAAGAGUUGAUCAGAUCGUAAAGGUUUCCAAGGUCUGUGAUCCAUGGGAUAAGUGGACAAAAGAUCAACUACCUAGUUUGGUUCCCCUUGCAUUUUUUUCUCCUUCAUUUGUUAGGAAGGAAACAAAACUAGGACCCUGUGUUUUUUGGCUUUUUGCCUUGUCCCCCCAGCCACUUACUGGUAGCAAGGUAAUGCUAGGAGUAGAAGUUUACUUGUUUUAAAAUCUUGCUUGUGUGGUUUACUUUGCAGUUGGAACAUGGCCCUCUUCCCUCAGUGGAAUAGUAAUCCUCAGCAUUCCUACGUCUGAUUGCAAGGUGUUCCUAUUAGUUUGGCCUUGGUUUAAUUUGUGGUUCCCUCAAAAGAGAUUAUUUUGAGUCUAAAUGAAAAAAAUUUAAUUGGCUAUUAGGAUGUGCUAAGUUGUGAAUGUUUUAAGAAAACUUAUUAACUGUUGGGCUCCGUAUAUAACAAGCAAACAGCUCUGCCAUUGCAGCUUAGCCUGGUGCCUACAUGUGUGUCUAUUACUCUUUACUCCUACACAGGAUGUGUAUGAGGGCUUUGGUGCAUGCACACAGGUAAAUCAGCUGUGUAACUUGAUUUUUACACAUAGACACAUUUCCUUAGACAAGAAGUACCCUCAAGUUCUCAUGUAAAUAACUUGACUACUUAGGUAUUUUAUUUUAUUAUUAUUUUGGGGGGGAGGGGGAUUUCAGAGGAUCUAAAAUUUUUGUACUCUGGUUUCAAGACCACUAAUACUGUAUACAAACUCAUCAGGUACCGAUAUGUACAUAGCACUGAUAUGUAACUUAGACUGAUUAAUCACUUACUUUGUUUCAUAGGACCCAGCAUAUGUAGCAUUUUUAUUGCAAUUUCCCUGGCUUACUUGUGUUUUGCACUGAUGAAUUUUUGACAGGGUAAUUGUCACUUUACUUGUGCAAUACUGCUGUAAAUAAUUGCAGAUUUUUUAAAGGAAAAACUCGAUCUUUUAUGUUCUUUAAUAAUGAAUUUUAUAUAAAUAAAACCUUCAACUAGUU